AUGCUGUGCCUUGGCUUCACCCCGCUGCUUGUGCUAGCGCUGGGGGCCAGCCUCGUGGCUGCUGUGCCCCAGCACGCCCUGAAGAAGGGCUGCGGUCUGUCCAAGUACGAGUCCCUCGUGCCCCACGAGCUGAAGCCUGUGCAGAAGAUGAAGUCUCAAUUUGAUGACAGCAUGCCGCAUUCGGACCACAAAUGCAACAUCAGGCUCUUCCAUCGGAGAUGGAAGGCGGCAGACCUGUCGGUGCCCGACCGACUGAAGCUGGUGGAAGCCGAGCUGGACUUCAUCACCAAAAUGCUGGGGCUCCCCGCCGCCCCCGGGUUCGCCGAGGUGCGCCAGCGGUCCCUCACCUUCUUCACCCAAGCCCGGGAGGACCUGCGAGGCUGCGUGAGUGCCCCCCAAAAACCUGCCGGCCCAGUGCUGGCUCAGCGGCCCCGGUGCUGGUGGCAGCGCCGCGAGGCAGCGCCGGUCCUUAUGCAGCUGCUUUCCCUGCAGAUGGCCACGGAUCAGCCCUCCGGGAAACUGAGGCGCUGGCUGCAGAAGCUGCAGAUGGCCAAGGAAACAGAGACCACCAGCUGCCUGGAGGCCUCUGCCAUCAUCCACGUCUUCCAAGUGCUGGAUGACCUGAAGUGCGCGGCCCUCCAGGAGCAAUGCUCUUAG